UUUUACAUAAAUAUAUAUGCAAGUAAAAUAUUCAAAGAAAAACACCAUAACAACUGCGGCCCAUCGAGAUAAUCAAGACAGAAAAAUCAAACAUAAGCUAUGAAGUUUGGGAAGGAGUUCAAGACCCACCUUGAGGAAACCCUGCCGGACUGGAGGGACAAGUUUCUGUGCUACAAGCCCCUCAAGAAACUCCUCAAGCAGUUCCCUGCAACUUCUGAUGGCUCUUCCACCUUUCACCCUAUUUUUCUUCUCCAUCAACGGCUUCCGUCUCCCCCUGCCCCUGCUUCUGCUGAUUAUCCUCAUCCUGAGAGUGGUACAAACAGGUCCUUGGUGCUCCUCCAAGAAUGGUUUAUUAGAAUUUUAAAUGAAGAGCUCGACAAGUUCAAUGAUUUCUUCGUUGAUAAGGAGGAAGAGUUCAUUAUCCGUUUUCAGGAAUUGAAGGAAAGAAUUGAGCGUCUAAAGGAACAGAGCAGCAAGAAUGGAGUUUUUACAUCAGACAGUGAAUUCAGUGAAGAAAUGAUGGACAUUCGUAAAGAUUUGGUCACUAUUCAUGGGGAGAUGGUGCUUCUAAAAAAUUAUAGCUCCCUAAAUUUUGCAGGGUUAGUUAAGAUUUUGAAGAAGUAUGAUAAACGAACUGGAGGAUUAUUGCGCCUACCUUUUACCCAACUCGCCCUUCAUCAGCCUUUUUUUACCACAGAAUCUCUAACAAGGCUAGUCCAUGAAUGUGAGGCAAAUCUUGAGCUCCUAUUUCCAUUGCAUGCAGAAGUCAUUGAAUCUGCUGCUGCUACACAAGGGCAGCCAAAUCCACCUCUGAAUAAGUGUAACCCAGCAAAUAUCUCAUUCGAAUCAUCACGAACUCUUGGGGAUGACACCAUGGAUAUAUAUCGCAGUACCCUUGCUGCAAUGAAAGCCGUAAGAGGCCUUCAAAAAGCGAGCUCAACCUACAAUCCACUGUCUUUUUCAUCUUUCUUCAAGAACCAGGAUGAUGAAAGCAAUGGUGCUGUCACGACUGAUAACUCGGCUUCAAACUCUUCAGCCACACUACAUAAUGGAGAGGAGUCUGAUCAAGAAGAUGUGCAUUCUGUCUAACAGCUUUCAUAUUUUUGGUGCAGUAUUCUAUCCUGACUCUUAUUUAUCUUGUUUUUAUGAAACAAAGAUUUAUCAAACGGUAAUUAAGAAACUGAAUAAUGGCUCCUGCAGCAGUUUGUAUUAUCAUUAGUUGCCAAUGAUGUAAACUGUGAUGAGUUAUAAAAUUGUAGUUGCUUUUCUUGGCUUGGAUAA